AUGGCCACCGGAAAGAAGUUGAUCCUUAAUGCUUUUGUGGAGAUGUGCAGUGGGCACCAGUCUCCAGGGCUGUGGAGACAUCCUGACGACCAUUCGCAUGAGUUCAAUAGGGUUGAACAUUGGAUUGAGCUCGCGAAGUUGCUGGAGGAAGCAAAGUUUCAUGGCAUUUUUAUUGCCGAUGUGCUAGGAGGAUACGACGUCUAUAACGGAGACUUGAAUGCUGCGAUAAGAUCUGGAGCUCAAUGGCCUGUCAACGAACCGCUUGCCGUCAUAUCCGCCAUGGCUGCUGCGACCAAAAGCAUUGGCUUCGGGGUGACAUGCUCCACGACGUAUGAGCAGCCUUACCACCUAGCUAGAAGGCUAUCGACUGUGGAUCAUUUGACAAAUGGAAGACUCGGAUGGAAUAUCGUGACAAGCUACCUCGAUUCCGCUGCACGAAAUAUGGGGUUCAAAGAGCAACUAGAGCAUGACGAGCGAUACGCCCAAGCCGAAGAGUAUGUGAAGGUAAUGUACAAGCUGUUUGAGUCGUCCUGGAGAGACGAUGCGGUGAUCUUCGAUCGCGAGAAGGGGGUAUACACGGACCCCGACCGAGUGCGAAAGAUCAGUCAUAAGGGGAAAUACUUCACCGUGCCGGGGCCUCAUAUCUGCCAGCCCAGUCCGCAACGAACGCCAUUGAUUCUUCAGGCAGGGACUUCAAGAGCAGGCAAGAAAUUCGCUGCGCAAAACGCCGAAGCCAUCUUUGUCUCGGCGCAUGCUCCUGCAGUGUGUGCAAAGAAUAUCUCCGAAAUCAGAGAUGCUGCCGAAGCGCAAUUUGGCCGUGACAGGAAUAACAUCAAAGUUCUCGCUCUCGUAACGCCGAUACUUGGACGAACAGAAGAGGAGGCUCAAUCAAAACUUGCCGAGUACCGCAAAUAUGCUUCACUUGAGGGAGCGCUGGCUUUAUUUUGCGGGUGGACCGGGAUUGACCUCGGAAAGUAUGGUGAUGAGGAAGAGUUAAGACACGUUGAGAGCAACGCUGUCCGAUCGACCGUCGAAGGCUAUGCUCGCUUCUCGCCUGGGACGUCGAAGUGGACGAAGCACACCGUGGCCGAGCACGUUAGCAUCGGCGGAAAUGGACCUGUCCUAGUAGGCACACCAUCGCAGGUAGCAGAUGGCCUACAGAUCUGGGUAGAUGAGGCCGGUGUUGACGGAUUCAACAUUGCGUAUGCACUCUUCCCACAGUCUUUCAAAGACGUUAUCGAGCUGUUACUCCCAGAGUUGAGGCUACGAGGAGUGUUCUGGGAUGACUAUGCUGUUCUAGGCGGCACCUAUCGGGAAAACUUCUAUCGGAAAGAAGGGCAGAGCGGUCCGUUGGAUGAGCACGUCGCAUCCACAUACCGCUGGAAGGCAGGGUUCGAGGCGAAGGAUCAUAUAAUUCCUGAGUAG